GCCGGGCGCGGUGGGGAGCGCGAUGCCGGGUGCCCGCGGGAUGCCCCCGGCUCCGGGCUGCUGCCCCGCCUGGCUGCUGCUGGCCGGGCUGCUCCUGGCCCCGGGCCGGGCCGCCCCCUGCCCCGGGCCGUGCAGGUGUUACGGGGCCACCUCGCUCCAGUGCCUGGAGCCCAACCGCGUCCGCGGGCUGAGCCAGCUGCUGGGGACGGAGAACUUCACCGAAGUCAUCAUCGAGAACCAGAAGGACGUGACGAGCUUGACUCAGGCCGACACCAAGGCCCUGCGGGAGCUGAAGAACCUCACCAUCGCCGCCUCCGGGCUGCAGUUCAUCGCCACCGACGCUUUCCGCACCAACCCCAAGCUGACCCAUUUCAGGAACCUCUCCUCCAACUACCUGCAGUCGCUCUCCUGGCGGACGUUCCACCACCUGGCCCUGCAGGAACUGGUCCUCGUGGGGAACCCCUUCCUGUGCUCGUGUGGGAUCCGCUGGCUGCAGCUGUGGCAGGGGAGCGGCCGGGCCGACUUGGGGAACCAGUCCCUGAGCUGCUGGCUGGAGAGAAAGGAAAUCCCCCUGGAGGAGCUACCCAUCGAGGGCUGCGACCCGCCAGAGAUCUGGAUCGAGUACCAGGACGUGCCGGUGCUGCAGGGCGAGAGCGUGAACCUAACGUGCCACUUCACGGGCGAGCCGCGGGCACACGGGCGCUGGAUCGUACCCGACGUGGGUCCCGAGCCCUCCGUCAUCACCAAGAGGUCGGACUCGGAAAUCACCCUGCAGAUCUUCAACAUCUCCUCCGGCUUUAACCGAAAAAACGUCACCUGCUGGGCUGAGAACGAGGCAGGCCCCAGCGAGGAAGCGGUGCAGCUGAAUGUCACUUUCCCCGCCGUGAUCCUGGACCUGCAGGAAGCCAUUCCCCAGCACUACUGGUGCAUCCCCUUCUCGGUGGACGGCAACCCGCCCCCGGCCCUCCGGUGGCUGUUCAACGGCUCCGCCCUGGUGGAAGGGCCGUACAUCCACACCAAGAUCGUGGAGUACGAGCACAACUCCACCGUGGUGCACGGCUGCCUGCAGCUCAACCGGCCCACGCACGUCAACAACGGGAACUACACCCUGCUGGCCCACAACCCGCUGGGCGCCGACGCCCGCACCGUCCCGGGACGCUUCAUGGACAACCCCUUCAGCUUCAACCCCGAGGAGCCGAUUGUUGUGUCCCUGCCUCCCGUGGGCAAGGGGAACAGCACGCUGGAUGGGCCGGUGGAAACGUCAGAGGAGCACACGUUUGGGGUCUCCGUGGCGGUGGCGCUGGCUGUCUUCGCAUGCCUCUUCCUCUCCAUCAUGCUGAUCGUGCUCAACAAAUGCGGACGGCAUUCCAAGUUCGGGAUUAACCGGGCGGCCGUGCUGGCCCAGGACGACGACCUGGCCAUGUCCUUGCACUUCAUGAACCUGGGCAGCAGCCCCCAGUCCUCGGCCGAGAGCAAACUGGAGGGGCUGAAAACCAACUUCAUUGAGAACCCGCAGUACUUCUGCGACUCGUGCGUCCACCACAUCAAGCGGAGGGACAUCGUGCUGAAGUGGGAGCUGGGGGAAGGGGCCUUUGGGAAGGUCUUCCUGGCCGAGUGCUACAAUCUCAUCCCCGAGCAGGAGAAGAUGCUUGUGGCCGUCAAGGCCCUGAAGGAGGCGACGGAGAGUGCCCGGCUGGAUUUCCAGCGGGAAGCGGAGCUGCUGACGGUGCUGCAGCACGAGCACAUCGUCCGGUUCUAUGGGGUGUGCACGGACGGCGAGCCCCUCGUCAUGGUCUUCGAGUACAUGAAGCACGGAGACCUCAACCGAUUCCUCAGGUCCCACGGGCCAGAUGCCAAGAUCCUGGAUAACGGGAACAGCCAGUCGUUCGGGCAGCUGACCCUGAGCCAGAUGUUGCAGAUCGCCACCCAGAUCGCCUCGGGCAUGGUCUACCUGGCCUCGCUCCACUUCGUCCACCGCGACCUGGCCACGCGCAACUGCCUGGUGGGCCGCAGCCUGGUGGUGAAGAUCGGGGACUUCGGCAUGUCCCGGGACAUCUACAGCACAGACUACUACCGGGUGGGCGGACGCACCAUGUUGCCCAUCCGCUGGAUGCCCCCGGAGAGCAUCCUCUACAGGAAGUUCACCGCCGAAAGCGACAUCUGGAGCUUUGGGGUGGUUCUCUGGGAGAUCUUCACCUAUGGGAAGCAGCCCUGGUACCAGCUGUCCAACACUGAGGCCAUCGAGUGCAUCACGCAGGGCCGGGAGCUGGAGCGGCCCCGAACCUGCCCCUCGGAGGUGUACGACAUCAUGCAGGGCUGCUGGCAGCGGGAACCCCAGCAGAGGCAGAACAUUAAGGAGAUUCACAGCCGGCUUCAGGCCCUGGUCAAGACCCCUCCCGUCUACCUGGACGUCCUGGGCUAAGGACGGGGAUGGAGACGGGGAAGGAAACCGGCUCUUCCUUCGGGACGACCCCACCGGGAUCCUCCUCCUACCUCCUCGCCUGCCCCUCGCCCCAUCGACGCAACGGCCAGGAUCCCACCCUCAUCCUGGGGACAGAGGUGAUGGGACCACAGAGAGGUUCCCCGUCUCUGGCCUCGGCGGGACUGUUCCCUCAGCCAGGGGCGUCGGGAUGGGACCGGGUUCCCCAAGACCCUGUCAACCUCACACGAAAGUCGCUCCCUUUGGCCUCUUUCCAGCCCUGGCUGGCGGCCCAGGCUGCUGCCCUUUGCCCCCUGAGAGCGGUGGCGGGAGGGCGCAUGCUGUCCUCAGUUCAGACUCAGCCUCUGGAAGCCUCCUCACCCACCAAAGACAGAUGGACAGACGGCUGCUAAAGGGCCAGAUGGAGGACACCCUCCGCCUCAGUGGGCGGGGGAUCCCUGCCCUGUGUCUCUUCCUACAGCAGACUCCACCCUGGCACUGCAACCCUCCUUCCGCCCCCUGCUAGGUGACACGGAUGCCUCCAUUACUAGCUACGUGCUGGCUGAAGGACUGAUGCCAGCCGUGUGUAUUUCAGGGGGAGGAUGCUUCGGGGAAGGCCAGCGCAGGCGUGGGGGGUGGGGGAGGACUGCCGUUGAAUGGUGUGAAUGUGUUUAACGCUAUUUAUCAUUAGACACGCUAGUUCUUUACUGUAGUGGCUUAUCUGGGGUGGGGAGAUUGGGCCAGGUCCUGGGGCUAGUUGAUCGUAAGUAACGGGCCGUUUGUCCGCCGCAGGGCUGGCUGUGAAAUCCCUUUGCAGCCUUCGGGCCUGGAACUUGUUUGUUGAGGCUGCAUGAACGACACCCACCUCUGAGCGUCCAGGGCAGCAUCCAGACGUCCACGCUGCAGUCCUGGGUUGUGAUUGCAGCUCGCUGUGAUCUAGCCGGCUCCGGGACAGAUAGCAGCGAAGCCGCAGCAGCACCGGCUUGAGCGUGGGCCGUACCGGCCUGCCCGGGACCCUGGGUGGUUACUCAGGGGGGCAGGCUCUUGCUGACGGCUGGGCUGUCCUGAUUUCACAGCUCUGGUACCCACACUAGCUAGAUUACCUGGCAUCCCAUGACUGCAGUGUGUAGCCACACCCCAAGUGUUAGACCCGCUGUUGCCUGGCCUGUGGGAGCAGAUCCUCCCCUGGUGUAAAUCUGCAUCGCUCCAGGCGAUGCUGAUUUGCACCAGCUGAGGAUCUGGCCCCAUGACUCUCGAGGCCUCAGGCCCUGCUUGGUGAUUGUGGACUGGGGCUAGGAAUUCCACCUGGUCAGCUGCUAAUGGGAGGAGCCGUCUGAGACGGAAAGGUGAGUCAGGGAGCUAGCGUGCGGCUGUCCAGGCAGUCACUAUGGUUCUCUGAAACCGAUGGGGCCUGAUUCUGUUCCCUCACCCCCAGGGAAUCUGGAGUGACUCCACUGAAGUUGCUGGGCCUGAUUCUCAUUUGCACCGAGGCCCUUUUUGCUGCUCUGGCAGCGUAAAGGGGCUUUACUUUGGCAUAAAUUAUUAUUCUGUAUUUGUAUUGUGAUAGCACCCAGGACCCCACUGUGCUAGACCACGGCUGAGAGGGCUUGUCUACACUUGAAAAUUAAUUCAGAUUAAGGCAGGGUGUGAAUUUAAAGUGCUGUCACAAUUCUGGAAUAACUCUGGGUGUAGACAAGCCCAUCACAGGUCCAUCCACUUUAUGGCCCGUUUACAUUGCCAGAGCAAUGUAAGGGCCUACACCCAGACUGAGGGUAUGUCUACACUACCCGCCGGAUCGGGGAGUAGUGAUCCAUCUAUCGGGGAUCGAUUUAUCGCAUCUAGUGUAGACUAAAAUCGAUCCCUGAUCGCUCUGCCGUGGACUCUGGAA